AUGACGGUCGCAUACGACGCGUCAUAUCGGAGCUACGCGCAACCCAGCGGCGCUGUGUGCCUGGACGACAAGUUCGAAGUCAUCAAAGAUAUCGGAGAUGGCAGUUUCGGAAGCGUUGCAGUUGCUCGAGUGCGGAGCGCUGGCGCCCACAUCGCUCGACGGAACACUAUGGUGGCCAUCAAGACGAUGAAGAAGACAUUCGAUAGUUUCAAUCAGUGUUUGGAUCUUCGAGAGGUCAUUUUCCUCAAAACUCUCCCGAACCACCCUCACUUGGUCCCUGCCCUCGACAUCUUUCUCGAUCCGUUGACGAAGAAGCUUCAUAUCGCGAUGGAGUACAUGGAUGGGAAUCUCUACCAGCUGAUGAAAUCCCGGGAUCAUAAGCAGUUAGAUCCUGCAAGCGUCAAGAGCGUCCUGUUCCAAAUCAUCUCCGGUUUGGAGCACAUCCACGAUCACCAUUUCUUCCACCGUGACAUCAAACCCGAGAAUAUUCUCGUGUCGACAUCAUCCCCUCAAGAUUCUGGCAGCGCGUUCAAGCGGUAUUCUGCCCUCGUCACUCCUCCUUCAACUCCUCCUGCGUACACCAUCAAAAUCGCCGACUUUGGACUGGCCCGCGAAACUCAUUCAAAACUUGCCUACACUACAUACGUCUCAACAAGAUGGUACCGAGCACCUGAAGUGUUACUACGAGCCGGACAAUAUUCUGCACCCGUAGACAUCUGGGCAAUCGGUGCGAUGGCGGUGGAAAUUGCGACGCUGAAGCCCUUGUUUCCAGGAAGCAAUGAGGUCGACCAAGUCUGGCGGGUGUGCGAGAUUAUGGGUAGCCCUGGAGCCUGGGUCAACAAGCAAGGAGUGCGCGUUGGUGGUGGUGAGUGGAAGGAAGGAGUCAAGCUCGCACAGAAAUUGGGCUUCCAGUUCCCAAAGAUGGCCCCCCAUUCAUUAGAAUCGAUUCUGCAACCUCCGCAGUGGCCCUCAAGUCUUGCCGAGUUUGUGACCUGGUGCUUGAUGUGGGAUCCGAAAGCUCGUCCCACGUCACGUCAAGCUCUGGAACACGAAUAUUUCCAAGAUGCGAUCGAUCCGUUGCGACCAAAAACAUCGUCAUCAUCGAAAUUGCUUGGCCGUAAGCACGCCGACACGUCCUCGACAAACCUAAAGGACACCGUACCAGGGUUGUCGGCGAAGACAUCUUGGUUCCGGAAAUCCUAUGUUGCACGAGAAAGUGCACCGACGGUACCACAACCAUCCGUCAUGUCACAAACGGCAUCGCCGAGGCCGACGCCCGUUCCCGCUCAAACCACUCCGGAUGUGGAAUUUGUAACGACGCAGCCGCCAGCAGCCCCUCAAGUGAAAGCAGCAGGAGUUAACUCCAAACGAGCAACAUGGGCAAACGGACUGCCGUCUCACGCCGCCCCAAUCCCGAUCCUCCCGUCCAUUCGACCAAUAUCGCCUCUGUCAAACGCCGUCACUGCUCAGGCAAAAAAUGCCCGUACACAUCAAGCCCAGCAAUCCAAACAGAAGAUCGGAAGACAAUUGUCGGUUGCUUCGCAAACGAACCACUAUGCCGACAUUCACCGGCAAGAGGCGGAACGCGCGCUCAAUGGCCAACGCGGCGGAGUCGCAUCGCCAGCCUCGACCCAUAGAGAAGGAUUCUUCUCACAUCUGCGAAAACGAGCUCGACGGCUCUCUGGGAAGCACCAGGCGCCCCCGUCUCCGAACUCGGAUGACAUCGAAGCCAAUGCCGGCUGCGCUCCUUGGUCCAACAUGGCUAGCAAUCGAGGCUCGAUGAUCGUGGACUCGAGCAACGCCGCCGUUCAGCCGCAAGCCAAUUUCACCGAGCUUGAUAAAGCCCUGCAGAAUGUUCGGUCGAGCAUGGACCAAUCGACACCGACCGCUCAAAAGCAUCGACUUUCCGCCGCCUCACUUCUAAAGCGACACAACUCUAAUCACACUGGCUCACUCCAUACCCCGGACGGCGCGGAUGGGACCCCUCCUAAUGCAAGAGCUCGCCGGCCACCACAACGUCAGGUUUCUAAACACGUCCCAGGCAAUGGCCGGUAUGAGACCCCCAACGAAGAAGAAGAACUGUUAGACGAGGCGCUACUAUCAGCACACACCGCUGCCUCUCGAAUGCAAAUCUCCUCACCCGCGCCCGUGGCGCCGACCCCACCACCAGCUGCCUACACCUCCUUCAACCCACACUCAAUGCUCAACUCCCCCAACCUCACGCCCAACCCUCACAACCCCGUCCAUCGCGUCCCUGCCCCCCUCCAGCAUCAAUCCUCCGUCCGCGUAGUCCCCUCCAACGCCCCCUCCCACCAGACACCGACCUACCACCCACCGAGCAACAACUACUCGUACCUCACCCCCUCGCCCUCCGCAAACGGUCCCUCCGGUCCGCGAAACAUGGGCCUGAACCUCCCCCAGGGCCGAAACGCGUCAAGCAAACCCGUCGACAUCGUCCAACCGCAGCGCAAGGUCGACUUGAAUCCGAAAUGGCCGACGCCGCCAUACGAUGAUGAUGACGGCUUUGCGGCCACGGCGGCGGCGAGUCUGUUCAAUGGGCCGAUGUGGCGGUAG